AUGACUAUUCACGUUUCCCAACGGAUUGAUUGCCUUAUCGAAUGUGACAAAGAACCAUGUUGCAGAUCAAUCAACAUUCAAAAGAAAUCAAGUCCACACGAUGCUCAAAUUUGUGAAAUGCUACAUAAUUUGGUAUACAAUACAUCUGAGAAAUUACUGGAAACAAACCCCUCUUUUGAUCACGUUUAUUUAACAAGCUCGAAAAAGGUGAGGUUCAUUUAAUUAAUUAUUUCUUAUCCACAAGUAGUAUUUAUACAGCAUAUACACUUGGAAAAUAAAAAGUGGAACUGUCAUGUUGAUGUCUAAUUCUUUGUAGUUUUUGACAUGCGUUGUAAAUUUGCAGAAUCUCUUGUUGAAUUCCUCAAAAUUUUUACUAAAAAUUGAUUGAAAUUUUUUAUCAAAAAUAGUAGUUAAUCCUAUAAACUUUGUUACUUGAGUAAAUAUUCACGAUAAGGUAUUCUGUUUCGGAAUCUCGCCAGCAUGGUGCCUUGAAUUUAACUCCUGUAUCCAGCAUUGAGGGAUUUUAAAAAGAAAAGAAAAGAGAAUUAUAAUAACAAAAUUUUUACCUUUAGGACUACAAUGCAAGCUGCUUAUUCCCAAGAGGUUUGUAAAUCAACGUUAUCUCCAUUUUCAAUAACGUUUAAUAUGUUGAAAACAUAUCAGGGCCUUUUUAAAGGGGCAGUAUGAUCAAAAUUUUUAUUUUCUUAAACGAAAGUGCUCGUAAAACUGUAUAUAACAACUUGUUUUGAUGAUUUUUGUCCCCAUGCUUAGUUCUUGAGAUUUGUAACCAUGUGACGUCAUCUACUCAAUUACAUAUAUAAUGAGAUAUCAGUAAUUGUUGUGUAUCUUUGCUAUUUUUAUCAAAAUAUUUCGAAAGAUGCGGCGCGUUUGUUAAUUUAACCUGCAUCAUUAAGCAUACUGUGUUUUUUAACAAAUCGAUCAAAAAUAGCAAAGAUACACAACAAUUACUGAUAUCUCAUUAUAUAUGUAAUUGAGUAGAUGACGUCACAUGGUUACAAACAAAAGAAAUAUCUCAAGAACUAAGCAUGGGAACAAAAAUUUUCAAAACAAGUUAUUACACAGUUUUACGAGCAUUUUCGUUUAAGUUUUGGUUUAAGAGAAUAAAAAUUUUGAUCAUACUGCCCCUUUAAAAAAAUCGUCAGUUUGCGGGAGGAGGGGGGGGAUUGAGGUCAAGGAAAAGGGACCUAUAUGAGUGUAUUUGCCAGGGACCGCAGGACGAUCGAAUAGUAUGUAGUAAAUUUGUUGAGACUGAGCAACUCUCAUGUCGGGGGGAUCGACAGGGCAUGUUCCCAGAACAUUUUAAAGAGUAUAAACUUGGAAGUGCAUUUCCAGCCAUUUCUUACAGUAAUUUUGUUUAUUAAAAUGAUAAUGUGUAUCACUGGCAGAUAUAUUUUUGAAAGCGCUUGCCUAGUGAAAAUGAAAGUAGUAGAUUCAUGUAGAUGAUUACGCAUUACUGAAGAAAAAACAAUUACAAAAAUCAGUACGUAACAACUCGGUAUCAGGUUAAUUGUCACUCCACUGUGAAUAUGUGAAUCACUCAGGCACAUUUUUUAUAGCUAUACCUUUAUAACUUUAUAUCCGUUAAUAACUAUUCCUGCGCUUUAAAUACUUGUCUAUAGCCUGUAUCACAGAUCUUAAUAUUAUUAGUAAGGUCUGUGAACAUACAGUACUGUAUGGCGCGAUUGCUUGUGUCAUGCAUAAUUUAAAUCCUCAGUUUUUGGGAUUAAAUUUAUUCAAAUUUGGCAUAAUAAAUUCGUUCACGCUAUAGAAAUUUAUGCGAUUUUGAACAUAUUUUGGUAUAUUACUCAUUCUAUAAAUAAAAUAUUGCAUCGUUUAUGCAUUGUUCUAAUUUUUAUAGCUUUUAUUGUUCUAGCAGGGAUUUAAAUUCUAGCACUGAGGAUUUAAAUUAAUUUAUGCAUGGAACAAGCCAUCGCGCCAAUGUUCAUCCCCGAGCAAGCGCCGUUCCGGGCGUAGGGUACUAAUCCGAGGGUACUAAUUCUGCCCGGCUAUUUACACUGGGGGAAAGGAACGCACUAGCCAAGUCUAAAGUUCAGCAAAUAUCGAGGGCGCAUGGUGUAUGGGUGGUCAUCUCACUGAUCUCAAAAUAUGGCUCUUUGCCAGGAGUGAAGCUCGGAGUGAAAAAUACUGAUAAAAAAUACAAUGUAAGAAAGCUUGGAAAGUCGUUUCACAUAACAAAUUGUAAAACUUUUUUUUAAUUUUUAAACGUAAACAUCUAUAAGAAUUAAUUUAGUACGAGAAGUCUUAAAGUAUAGCCUAUAGGGCAAGUUUGUUUCAAUUGUCUAUGUAUGACUUUGUAUUAUUAUAGACUUUGUUCUUGUUGUUCAAGUCUUUCCUAUGCAUUGUGGGCGAAAGUUUCUUAGUUAAAUUAACUUUUGUAGAAGAUCAUGAUAAAAAAUAAAACAAAGUAUUUUCAGUAGCGUCCUGUACGAAUUAAAUUCAUUUCAUUUCAAAGUGCGAGUAACAAGUUGAAGCUCGAGUUGAAGAGUUAAUAUAUUAAUAUCGGCAAAAAGCAGUAAAUUUCAAUUCACAUUUAAAAACUUUUACGUGGAGUUUCGUUUUGAAUUUUGCAUUAAAAUAAAGCCGAUAUGAAACAAAAUGAUAUUCCUACUUUAUAUGUUUUAUAAAUUGAUAGUUCUGUGUUUAAAAGUAUUCAACUUCCAUCUAUUUUUUGCGGGUUUGUACAAAAAAUUAAAAAAACAAUUAUCGUGUUGCCAUGACUAACAUGACGUGAGAAACGCGAGUUUGCAUUCAGUGUUGGCGCGCGCAAUUACGAAUAUUUCAUGUUGAAACAAUGUUUGGGAAAUUAGGCGAGGGGUUGUUGCAUGCAUGCAUUUCUAAGUAUAGACCUUACUAUUUGUAAGAUCUGUGACACAGGCCACUGGACAAGUAUUUAAGUGCAGGCAUAGCUAUAUUAUCGGGGUGCGGGUGAAAUAGUAAUUUUUUUUGAAUUUUUAUUAAGAUAAUUUCAAAGUUUUGCUCAACACUCAGUACGAGUUAUUGAAGAACAUUAUGCCGAAAUGCAUCCGUUGGAACUGAUAAUUGCCAAGCAAGAAAAAUAUAUAUAUAUGUAUAUAAUUUCCACAUUAUCACGCAUGCGCCAAACAAACGCUAGGAGGUCGUACGGUGCACAAAAGUGUAUAUUUUAGGAUAUUUUAAUGUUUCCAGUUUCGUAAAAAUUGCAUUAUUUGGUAAAUGGUAUUUCAAUUUUUUGUAACAUAAUAACUACUUCGUCUCACUUGGUAAUCACACAAAAAAUGUACCAUUCAUUUCAAGUUAUUUUUCCGUUCCAGCUUGCAAAGACCCUAAAGCGUUAGGACUGCAGAGUGGAAAGAUCCCAGAUUCAAGACUAAAAGCCUCGAGUGAAUACCCGAACUUUGAAAAUCAUCGUGCUCGUUACGCCAGAUUACGAUGGGAUAAAUGCUGGGUUGCUUAUCCAUCAGACACCAACCAAUGGCUGCAAAUUGAUUUCAAAUAUAAAGCAAAAAUUACAGAGAUUCUCACACAAGGCCGUACGGAUGCAAAUCAAUGGGUUGGAAGUUACACUAUUGCUUAUUCUGACGAUGACGUGAAGUUUAAAACGUACAAAGGGGAUGAAGGGCAAGAUAAGGUAACAGCCAUAUAUUUUUCAGUUCCACAGCUCUUGGGCAGGUUGUAG